AUGGCGGCGACUAACCCCGUCCCCGUGACGCUCGAUACACCCAUCGUGGUCAAGGUCCUGUUUCGCGGCCAGACGAAGAAAUUCAAGCUGCCUCUAAAGGACCUUGGAGCUCAUGUGCUUCCUGACAAGCUCCGAGCUAUCCUCGCACUCCACCAAGACAAGGAUGUUCUAUUUGAGCGCUACUCCGACUCGGCCGCUGCGUACGUCACCUUGGACGCCGACAAGCCCCAGGUCUACAAGACGCUCUUCCGCGCUGCAAAAGCCAAACUCAAGCUUCGCCUGAGGGUCUCCAUUCCUGGCGAGGAGCCAGUGCCUGCGCCCACACCUGCGCCUGCAGCACCUCAAGAGACACCCGCCGAAGCUCAUGAAACAAGCUCGGACGAUCUUACCCAGGAGAAGGUUAUCACCCCGCCCGUUAUCGCUCGUUCGCCCGACUCCAAGUCGAUUCGCUCAAUCAGCUCUGUUUUGUUACCAAAGGCCAACGAGAAAGAGCAAGAGGCUCCAGUGCCUCAGGCUUUCACCACUCGACAGGACUUCUUUGGCAACGUCACAGCUGCUGGCAGCAACUCGAGUCUCGCCUUCCGCCCUAAGCCGACGAACGUGUGUACGUCGUGGGUUGUGUACUGCAACAACUGCAAUGAGCCCAUGGAAGAUGAGCACUACCACUGCAGUGUAUGCGACGGAGGCGACUAUGAUCUUUGCCCCGCGUGUGUCACCAAUGGCAUCCACUGCCCUGGAAACAGCCACUGGAUGGUCAAGCGCUUCGUUAAGAAUGGCGUUGUUGUUAACAGCACAACCCAGCGCAUUGCACCAAAGGCCAAGGCCGAGACUGAAGCCGAGCCCGAAGCCGAGGCCGAUGAGCCUCAAGAACAAGAGGUUCCAGGCGCCUUCACCGAGGAAAAGCAGCCUGUUGUGUAUGACGAGGAGCCAACUCGCACCUGCAACUGCUGUGUCAAGAUCUUGCCAGAGAGGGAGUUUGUCACAUGUAUCGCUUGCGAUGAUUAUGACCUUUGCCUGCAGUGCCACAUCAGCAACAAGCAUGGCCACCACCCCGGUCACGCUUUCAAGGCUGCCACUAGCGAGACUGUCCUACCCACCCUCGCCGAUUUCCUGUGCAACUCUGGAAGGAAUGUCCGCCACUCGGCCGUUUGCGAUGGCUGCGACAAGUUCAUUUAUGGCAUUCGCCACAAGUGUCUGAACUGUCCCGAUUGGGACUACUGCACCGACUGUGUAAAGAACGCCAGGUUCAUUCACCCCCGCCACCGCUUCGUUCCCAUUUACGAGCCUUUGGCUGAGCCAAUGAGCAGCCCUAACCGCCACUACGGCAUCUACUGUGAUGGGCCGCUCUGCAAAGACAAGGAAAACCUGUCCUACAUUGAAGGCAUUCGCUACAAGUGUGCCGUCUGCCACGACACAGACUUUUGCCAGAACUGCGAGGCCCAUCCUAGCAACAAGCACAACCACACUCAUCCUCUCAUCAAGUUCCAGACACCUGUGCGCAGCGUUAGCGUGACAACCGUCAACGAUGACAAGGAGGGCAAGUUGCUCUCUCGUCUUGGUGAUCGUUUGGCUGCCAGGCGCUCUACCGCCACUGAGACUUCCGUUGCUCCUUCUAGAGCUCCUUCCGUCGCUCCUUCUACCAAUGCCGCGACACAAGUCCAAACCAUUCUUGAUGUGAAGCCAGAAGAGUCUCAGGCUAAGAAGGAGAAGAUUACCAUCAGUGAUCUUCUCGUCGACUCCAUCGAGCCAGUCCAGGAGAAGAUCGUUGUACCUGCCGAGGAGAAGCCCGUCAAGUCGGAGGCCAUUCCGAUCCCCCGAUCUGAGACCGCUGCGGAUGGACUUGAUGCCCACUUUAUUCGGGAUACCAUUCUUGAUGGCUCCAGGAUCUCUGUAGGCGCUACAUUCGUCCAGACCUGGACUCUUCGCAACCCAGGACCAAAGGCCUGGCCUGCUGGAUGCAGCGUUCGCCAUGUUGGAGGCGACAACAUGCUCAACAUUGACAACAGCCGUCCAUUGAGCCACACGGAACUUGCCGAGGCCAGCGAGAGCAACGUCUUGGAUGAUGCCGUUCAGCCCGGUGAGGAGGCUCAGUUCCGUGUAGUCAUGAAGGCACCCCAGCGUGAGGGCACCGCAAUCUCAUACUGGCGCUUGAAGACUCCUUCAGGCAUGCCUUUUGGUCACCGCCUGUGGUGUGAUAUUGCCGUCAUUGCUGCACCAGCACCCGCAGAGCCACAACAGGCUGCCUCCAGGCCUGGUACCGCAACCACUUACGAGGUCGCUCCCAGGUCUAACCCAAUGUACGAGCGCCUUAUUCAGGCAAGAGCCGAGAGGGAGAGGGUAAAGUACAUGCGCCAGACUCACUUGCAGCAACUUGAGCAGAACCACCAACAAAAGAUGGAGCAAGUGCAGCGUGUUCGCAAGGCUGCUGUCGAGCGUGUUCUUGAGUUCCGUCGGAAGGAGCAUGAGGCUGCCCUCGCUACCAUCAAGCAGGAGCCCGUCUCACCAAAGGUCGAGGCUGCCCCUGAAGAGCCAGCUGUAGAGGCGGUUGAAAAGGCGGUUGAAGAACCAGUCGAGGAGCCAGUCGCCGAGCUCCCCAGCCCAGAAAAGACUUCAGAGCCCGAAGCCGGACCUUCGUCGUCUGGCAUGAUUUUCCCCCAGCUCGACAAGGAGUCGCCUGCGUCAAGCACCUAUCAGCCAUCUCCUGCUGCUCAGCCCAUGUCUCCUCUUUCCGCAAAGAGCACUGUGGCUCGCACUAUUACUGUAGCUUCAGAUGAUGAGUUCUUCGAGGAUGCCGAGAGCGUUGCACUCCACUCCGACGACGGCUUCUUGACCGACGAGGAGUAUGAUAUCCUCGACGCUAGCGAUCAGGAGAUGCCAUAA